AUGUCCUACCAAAAUCGACCGGAUGACGACGGCCUCGCAUACGGAGACGACUACUCUCAGUCUCGCGGGAGGGGUGGACAAGAUGGCACUGAUCGAUCAAUGCUGGGAGACACAUUCAAAAAGUUCAAAUCCGAGCUCGACAAGUACAAGACCGGUGGUUCUUCUUCGCAGAAUUAUGGCUACUCGGCCUCCGGCUCCGGCUCAAACCAGCAGUAUUAUGGGCAACAAGGUCCUAGUACAGGAUAUCCCCAGGUCGGUCAAUCUGCCUACCCCGGAGGCCCGCCUACUCAACAACCCCAAGGUCGGCCUGAUUUGACGUCGAAGCUCUUUGAUGGGUUGCAUAGUACUCUUCAUAGCAUCGGCUCAGAUGUCACAAACUUGUUAGGGUCUGGCAAUCGACCCCCUUCGCAAUAUGGGCCGGCGCCCCCAGGACAGGCCAGUUACGCAGGUUACCCUGGUGUGGCAGUUCCGCAAGGCAUACCGCCAGGUCCAAACCGCUACGACAGCUUCGCUUCAGAGAAGCCGGGUAAUGAUGUCAAGUGGUAUGUCGAUGGAUGUGGCUAUUUCUGGGCAGUUAGUCAAGCACUCGAAGGAGCAAAGCACUCGAUUUGGAUCCUGGAUUGGUGGCUAUCUCCUGAGUUGUACCUUCGUCGGCCACCCACUCAGAAUGAACAGUGGAGGCUGGAUCGAACACUGCAGCGGGCAGCACAACGCGGCGUCAAGGUCAAAGUGAUCGUAUAUAAAGAGGUCACCCAAGCUUUGACUCUUUCGUCCGCACAUACGAAACACGAACUGGAGAAGCUACAUCCCAAUAUCGCAGUCUUUCGUCACCCAGAUCAUCUCCCAGAUGCUCAAACUGCUCAAUCGUCCCUGAUAUCGUCUCUCCAAGCUCUAAAGCUUGAUGCUGCAGGUAUUUCUAAGCUUGGAGCAGAUACUCUCAAGGGAAUUUAUGGCGUGACGGACGAUGUCGUUCUCUACUGGGCUCAUCAUGAGAAGUUGUGCUUGAUUGACGACAGGAUUGCGUUCAUGGGCGGCCUGGAUCUCUGUUUCGGUAGAUGGGAUACAAAUCAGCACUCAAUCGCUGAUGCACAUCCUUCGAACAUCAACGAUAUCAUCUUUCCUGGCCAGGACUACAACAACGCUAGAGUCAUGGACUUCAGCGAUGUUGCACAACCGUUCCAAAACAAGCUCGACAGGACCAAGAGCUCGAGGAUGGGAUGGUCGGAUAUUGCCAUUUGCCUGCAAGGAGCCAGCGUCCAGGACCUUCGCCACCACUUCGUCGAUCGUUGGAACUUCAUCUUCGAUGAGAAAUACAAUGUCCGCAAAGACCAACGCUACUACAGACUACUUGACGAUUUCCCUCACCCACCGACUGGUCCAGGUCAGCGACCUCAACCACGUCCACAGUCUCAAGGGCAACCCCAACCUCCUGCCACGGUUGGUGGAUUUGCCCCACCUCCUGGAAGUCAACCAUAUACGGAACCGGCGUGGCAUACAACCGGCAGGCCACACACACCAACGCCAGGCCAAUACCAAAGCCAAGCGGGAACAGACACCGGUGCAUAUGGUGGUGCGGCAAUUGCUUCUAUCUCGGGCACACAAGUUCACCAGCAGCCUUCGCAGGGACAGUAUGGUCAAACCACCCCCUCUGUUGGCCAAGGAGUUCAACCGCCGAAUCCAAUCCAAGCUCCGCCUCAGACCUCUACAGGUACCUACGGCCAGGUGCCUCCACCUCCGCCACAAGCACCAUCGCAGACUUCCGCUGGGGUCUACAGCCAGACUUCCCCCCCUCCCUCGCAGGCAUCGCAUCCAGCUUCUUCUGACCCCUACAGUCAAGUGUACAGCCCUCCACCACAGGCAACUCCACAACCAGCCACAGGUACUUACGGCCAAGUCUCCAGUCCCCCACCGCAAGUACCCUCAGUUCAGCAACCAGUGAACACUGGGGCGAGCUAUCAACAACCACCGACCCAGGCUUUUCCACAGAGUUUCCCUCCUCCACCUCCUGGACCACCUCCCCAAACAUCAACCGGACCGACUCAGACCUAUCCAGGAUAUCCGCCACCGCCCAGUGCAGAGCCUGCUUAUGCUCCCUAUCACCAAGGCCCGACGGAACUUUCGUCGCAGCAAUCGCCACCACCAUCGUACCAGCACCAAUCCUAUCAAGCUUACCAGCAGACCGAUGCAGGACAAGCUCGUGGUUUUGAUGAAUAUGGGCAAGAGUUGAGCAGAGGCUUCGGUGAUUACGGACAGGGUAGCGAGUCUGAAAGAGGCAUCCGAGGCAGAUUUGACCAAUACAAAACCGAGGGCAAACUUUUGGGCCAGCAACUCUCGUCGAUUGGCACUGUUGUUUCAAGUGGACUUGGGGAUAAAGCACACCAACUUCAAGGCAAAUACCUUGGUGGUACUGACUCCUAUGGGCGCCCAUAUAACCAGCCACGACCCGUCAUGACCUGUCAAGUCCUUCGGAGCUGUACAACGUGGAGCAAUGGAACUCCCCUCGAGCAAUCUAUCCAGAAUGCAUACAUCGAUGUGAUUCGGAACAGUCAGCAUUUUGUCUACAUUGAAAAUCAAUUCUUCAUCACCGCCACCGGCGAUCAACAGAAACCCGUCAAGAAUCUGAUCGGCCAGGCUAUCGUUGAACGAAUCAUUCGAGCAGCCAGGAAUAACGAAAAGUACAAAAUUAUUGUGGUCAUUCCGGCGGUGCCAGCAUUUGCAGGCGACCUGCGGGACGAUUCUUCACUCGCCACUCGAGCAAUCAUGGAGUUCCAGUAUAACAGCAUUAAUCGUGGUGGACACAGUAUCAUGGAAAAGAUUGCGCAGGCUGGUUUCAACCCCAUGGAUUAUAUUCGAUUCUACAACCUCCGGAACUACGACCGAAUCAAUUGUGGCAAUGUCAUGCAGCAAGUCGAACAGCAAAGCGGAGUCAGAUACGAAGACGCCCGGAAACAACACGAUGAUGCUGUGGGAGCAGGCUAUGGACAAUAUGGUGAGAAAACGGGGACCACUCAACUAUCUCAAGCCCCGCAAUACCAGCAGUACCAGACCACGGCACAGCAAAUGACCACUCCAGGAAGUGGUCGGUGGGACAGUGUGGCGGAAUGCUACAUGCUCGGCGGCCAAGAUAUACGCACGGUGCCUUGGGACGGCCCUCCGGAAGCUGAGCUCGACGCGUUUGUUAGUGAAGAGCUAUACAUCCAUUCCAAGUGUCUCAUCGCGGACGAUCGAAUUGUCAUUGUAGGGUCUGCCAACCUAAACGACCGAAGCCAACUCGGAUCACACGAUAGUGAAAUCGCUCUGCUGAUCAACGACUCAACGCCAAUCCAAUCCUACAUGAGUGGCCAGCCAUAUCAGGCGAACAGCUUUGCUGCCUCUCUGCGCAGACAGCUGGUCCGGAAACACCUGGGGUUGCUCCGACCACAACAUUUCUUCAGACCUGACCCCAACUUUGAUCCCGUCGGGGUGCCCAAUGUGUAUGAUUGGGGUUCACCCGAAGACAAUGUUGUGGCAGAUCCUCUCAGCGAUACUUUCCAGGCAUUGUGGAACAGUCGAGCAAGAACGAACACCGAAGUCUUUAGGAAGGCGUUCCGCGCGGUCCCUGACGACUUUGUGAAUACGUGGGCCGAUUACAAGGAGUUCUAUGAGUUCUUCUACCGGCGCGCCGAUGCUGAAGCUCAAGGGAAACCCAGCAAAUUGCCACCCCGGGUGGAGUAUGGCCAUGUAGUCCGGGCUGACUUCCCUAGGGGAGUGCAGGAGCUGAAGGAACUGCUAAGUCAGGUCAAGGGUACUCUUGUGGAGAUGCCAUUAUGUUUUCUUCAGAAUGAGGACAUUGCUAAGGAAGGGCUGACUUUGAAUGCGCUGACUGAAGAAGUCUAUACAUGA